GAGCCAUUACGAAAAGUGAAGCCCCUCGGCCCUCAGGGGAUUUAUUUAGGAUUCCUCUCCUCAGACACACACACACACACACACACACACACACACACGCCGAAAAAGUUUUUCAGUCGGUGAUUCAACGUGUUCAGAUAGUGACACACUUCUGUGCGUCAGCGUGAAGCUUAUAGCGCACCGCUCCAUUAUUUAGCUUCGGAUGGUGGUUCGUUUUUUUUUUUUUGGUUUUUUUCUUGAAAAAAUAAAAUAAAAUAAAUCAACGUGUAUCUAAUAGUGCCAGCAUUUAAAAAAAAAACAUAUCGCCCCAUUUUUAUCGCAACAGUGCUCGUCAAUUACGACAACGUUUUUUUUUGUGUGUGUGUGUGUAUCUGUGUGUGUGUUUUUACGCCGUGUGUGUGUGUGUGCCAGAUUUCUGGGGAAUCAAAAGAAUGACGUGCAAUAAUCAAAUGGGGUUAUUGUUGUCGACGCCGCCGCCGUUGCUGUCGUCGACGUCGUCGUAAACCAAGAGCCGGUUGGAACACACGGCGGGGGUUGGAGAGAAGAAGCCACAGUCGAAUCGCGGAUACGUAAACGAGCGUUAAACAUCCAGCAGCUCACCCGGAAUAAGAUAUAUAAGACGUCGCAUUCUGCGGGCUUGCAGAAACGAAGAAGAAGAAAGAGAUUCUCUUUCGAUUCUAUCACAAAAAAAGAAAAAAAUAAAUAAAAAAUAAUAAAUAAAAUAAAAAUCCCCCAUCGCAUUUGGGUCGCUUCCACAUCAAAGGCUCGCCAUGACGACAUCUACCCAACAAGAGCCAUCCGUCUGGUGGUUAAGGAUGGCAUGUUUUUUCUUCUUUGCUGGCCUAUCGUGUUACAUACCGCUACUGGCGGCUCAUCUCCAGUGGCUCGGAUUCGAUUUACAAGAAAUCGGAAUCAUCAAUUUAAUUGCUUCAACGGGAGCGGCGCUGGGCUUGCUGCUGGCCGCUACGUGGACGCCACGUUACGGCCAUCGAUCCAACCUGGCCGUGGCCGUACUGAUGGCCGCCUUUUGCGGUGCCGGUUUGAUCCUCGUGCCGAGAUUGAACGAACGAAUGCACGGCCGCUCCGAAACGGAACGACCCGUAGCGGAAAUCCUGUGCCGGCCCGAAGGCUCUGCUUUGUUUUUCCGAAAAUGCGGCGACACGUGCGAGCUGGACGCCGUGGCGCGGACCGAACUGUCCGUCUCCGAUUGCCGAUUUGAGCCGCAAUCGCGGCUUCCCGUUCAUUUCAUCGACUGGAUCAAUCGGUUCGCUCUGACCAACAUCAACGGUGGCAAAGGUAGCGAUGGAACGGAUGACGACCUGAGCGAGCCCGAAAGGGGAGAUCUUCCGCAAAAGAUCCCCGUCCAGCCAUCCGAUUUCGAAGAUCAAUUCCAUCCGAGCGACGUUGAAACAGAUGAGACUUUGUUGCCCGGCCAAUCCGGUUCCCCGCCGUUCGGGGUGGCCCCCUACGAAUACGAUUACGAUGAGAAUCAUCGACAAGAGGACGUGCAAGAGAUUGAACGUCGUCGCAAGAAAAGGCAGUCCAUACCACUAAUGGACGACGCUGGCCAGCUACCGCCCACCUUGAAAAUCGACGACGAGUUUGAAAUUGCCGAGAAGGCGGAUUUGCCCUACACUUCGUCACCGCACAUUUGUUUCUCCAGCUACUCGUCGUCGACGACAACUUGUCACGUUUUCACGGGAACCAAUCAUCUCUUUCGGUUCAACACGUCCUUCUACUCUGGCAUCACACAUAAUGGCCAGUGCUUCUACUCGCUCAAUUACGACGACGUCGACAAUCAAAUUCUUUCGGAAUUGCGAUGUCGCUCCAACAAACCCAAUCAUCAGGUGCGCUGUCGGGCCGAAGGUAUCAAGUUACGAGCUAGCGUGACUCGAAACGGUACGAGCACGUGUCACGGCCAACCGGGCGAUGGCAGCAACUUCCACUUGGUUUUCUGGCUCUACCUGAUCUUCCGUACGUGCGGAGAAAUGGCCAUCAUCGGCUCCGUCCUUCUCUUGCGUAUUGUCACGCUCAAUGAAGAUCUCGGCGCGGAUGUCGUCAGCGGAAGCAGUUGGAUGACGCAAAGGCGAUCGUCACUCGUCCUCUGGUGGACGUGGGCUUUAUUCGGUCUGGUCGCAAUGGCGCCCUUGGCCGGAUGGAUAGCCGAUGUCGUCGGUUUCGGUAUCGCCUUCUUGCUGGGCAGCGUCAUGCUGGGCCUGGCUGCAUUUUGCAUCGCCCUCUCGCCCAAUUCGCUUCCGUCUCGCCCUCAUCCCAUGCUGGAGGCCACGCUGGCCAUCGAAGAGGAGCCAGAAGACCCGAGUUGCGUGACUCCACCCCUUUACCGUAUCCGCGGACGCGAUCUUCGUGCCAUUUUGUCUGACGGAACGGCCAUUCUCGUUCUCCUAUUUAUGUUGCUCUUGGGAAUGGCUGCCGCAGUCAAUCCCACCAUUUUUUAUUGGUAUUUACUCGAAUUGGGUUCAUCGCGGCUCAUGUUGGGCGCUUCCGUUACGGCCCAGUGGCUGCCCAUCGCUCCGCUUGUCCUCCUCCUCAGCGGAUGGCUGUGGAAGCGAUGCGGCCAUCGUUACAUUUUCAUCAUCGGACUUUUACUUUAUUCCAUUCGCUUCCUCGGGUAUACAAUGCUGGACCAGUAUGUGUGGAUCGUUGUCAUAGAAACGUUAGAGCCACUCUGUAGCUUGUGGAUGUUACUGACAGCCGCGGCGCGUAUUGAACGAUUGGAGUGUCGAUAUCGCGACGUCGGCAUCGGACGAGAUCGUUGGCACUCGUGGAAAGUGAAUACCUGGGCGUUGGUCAUCGUCUUCCAUUAUUCACUGGGGCGAGCAUUAGGUGGAUUGGUGUCGUCUCUUGCGGCCCACCAUUUCGGAUUGGUCAGGGUCUUUAUUGGCGCUGCACUCAUUUGCCUCUUCGUGGCUGCUUGCUGGUUCCUCUGGAUUCAUUUGAAAUCUCCGUGUCAAACGAGUCGCAGGAAGAAUUUCAAAAAGGCCAACACCACCACUCCAUCUCCCAAAGAAAUAGCCGAACCACCGCGCCGCCGGAAUGAGGCUGAACAAGAGCGGAAGCAAAAGCUUCUUCGAUCCAGCCCCGUGUGAUCCUCGUAGCCAUUAAGCCACUUAGCGUGGUCAAUUUUUGAAAGCCUAAAAUAAUUAUCUUUAUUCUCGAUUAAUAUCAUUGCUCACCUCAUGUUGUCACAUCUCUUGUCACCUCAUGAAUCCUAACCUGCCUAAAAAAAAAAAAAAUGAGAACUAGAUCUAACAGUUGCCUUAUAUUAUAUACAGUAUACAUAAGAAAAGGAAAGAAGAGUGGUUGCAUAAUAUGCCAUUGAUAAAUUAAUAAGGACGUAGAUAUUAUAGGGAGACGUGCGCUGAUAUGGAAUACAAGAAGACAAUGGAAA